UAAACUUGAUUAACGAAACAAGAUUCUGCAGGGAAAUGAGGUUAAUUAGUGUUUCGACUGUUUGUCUGAUCUCUGUCAUAGGGACUACUUUAGCUGCAUUUGCAGCAGGACCACAAGCGGAGGAGAAUCUUAAACCCAUCGAAGAUGUGUGUAAAGGAGCACGGAUUAUAGAUGGAGUAGGUUAUAAAAACCACGAUUCAGACUGUGACAAGUUUUACCAGUGUUAUCAGGGAGAGAAAUUACAAGAAAAGCUUACUGUCCCCCGCCAAUGUCCGUUUGGUCAGUUUUGGGACCAGGACGUACCCACGUGUAGGACUGCAAGUGAAGUGCAAUGCAAAACAGAUAAAUGCAGUCUACGACAACUGAAUUCGCAUCCAAUGGAUUCCGGAAACUGCCGAACCUACUGGAAAUGCAAUCUUCAGAAGUCUGUCGGAGAUUGCUGUCCAGAAGGACAAAGAUACAAGAAGUAUCAGGGAUGUGUUAGAGAUCCAACCUGUACAGACCCUUGUCCUGGGGACUCAUUUCACCAGGGACCUUGCGAUAGCCGUCCGAUUUUCGGCGAUCGCUCUCGCUAUCAACAAUAUGUAGAGGGCGUUAAAUGGCACAACAUGACAUGUCCUGAGAAUACCCAGUACAGCGCGUUAGAAUGUGGUUGUGUUUAUCACAAAGGAUAUGCUGCAGUAUGUAAACCUGAGCUAUACUUGCCUUUUAACGGAAAUUUCCGAGAUUAUUCGGGUAAUAAGAGAGAAGUAAUUAAUCACGGUGUAGAAUUAACAUCCAACGGAAUGGCGAAAUUUGAUGGCAAUAGUUACCUAGAAAUAAAGAAAUUCCUAGACUUUAGCAAGGAGACUGAAGUAACUAUUGCAGUCAGAUUCUUGGAAACAGGGAAUGAAAGUCGUCUAAGAGCCAUCGUUAGCAACAGCAUACAAUCAGUGCAACCAAGUCUCCUCAUUCUAAAUAGCCCUAGUAAUGUACACACGAUGAUCAAAAGGGAUGACAAUGGAAUAUCUACACUUCACACAAAAUUGAACCCAGAAAACUGGAAUACUGUGAAACUAAUGCACGAUGAAAACAAGCUGGUCCUGUCUGUAAACGAGAAAGUACUGGGCUCGUGGGCUUUAGGACCUAUCCAGGACAAAAAUGAAAACCUAUUUAUAGGAAAAAGUAAAGGAUUCAAGAACUUCAAGGGUUUUAUUGAUGAAGUCGCUGUAUUUGCUUGCCGCCCAAAGUUUAUACAAACUUAAAUCUACUUUUACUUGUCUUUGAAAUCCAGAUACUUUUUUUGUUUACAUAAAAACUACACUCAUAAAAACAGUCAUUGUUAAUAUUUUCUUCUCGCGUUUUGAGAUGCAGAAUGUUUGUACAAAUAUACUGUCUUAAUCUUGUAAUGACUUUACUAAGGAUGAAUAAAAAUCUAAUAAAACCUA